GUUUAAUUUACCACAACCCUCUUCUUCAGUCAAAUAAAGUCCUCCCUCCGCUGACCUAUAGAGCGACUCACCACAACUCAGACACAAGAAUAUGGCCGACUCAGAGGCAUCCAAACCAGCCCCCAGCAGUGGGCUGCCGAAAGACGCCCAGGAUCCCAUCAACCGUCGCGAAAGCUUCAGCUCCCAGAACUCGCAGACUGCCAGACAAUUCAUCGAGUCUCAAAUUCGCCUCGAAGCUGAUGCGCGCGAGAUCCUUCCCUACUCCUUUGAUACCUGCACCAAAGCUCUAGGUCCCCUCCGACAAUCCCUCUUCGCGUGCCUCACCUGUAACCCCCCUCCUACCGCAUCCUCCGACGAGAAUGCAUCAUACACACCAGCCGCCGUAUGCUAUUCCUGCUCCAUCGCCUGCCACGGGGAACACAACCUCGUCGAGCUAUUCAGCAAGCGCAACUUUGUCUGCGACUGCGGGACAACCCGGAUUCCAUCGAGCUCGCCCUGCACGCUGCGCAAUGACCCACACACUGGCGCGAAAGGCGUCCACUCCGAAGAACCCCACCCGGGCAACAAAUACAACCACAACUUCCAGAAUAAGUUCUGCGGCUGCGACGAGGACUAUGACCCCAGUCAGGAGCGGGGAACGAUGUUCCAGUGCUUGGGUGUGGGGACUGUCGAGACAGGCGGCUGCGGCGAGGACUGGUGGCAUCCAGAGUGCCUGAUCGGGCUUUCGCGCGACUGGUACAAGAACGCAAAGCAGCAGGAAAAAGGGAAGCAGGAGGAAGUGAAAGCUGAAGAUGCGGUAGCAGCGGAGAAUGGUGACGACAACAACAACAACAAAAGCGACGAAGUUGAUGAUGACGACGACGAGGAGACGCCCCUCCCACCCGGGUUCCCUGAAGAAGCUGACUUCGACAUGUUCAUUUGCUACAAAUGCGUUGACUCGAAUCCGUGGUUGAAGCGCUACGCGGGGACAACCGGCUUCCUCCCCCCCGUCUUCAAAGAAGGUGGACUGGCCAAACCAAUCGCAUUCGAAGCCAAAUCCGCCGAAGCGACAGACAAAGAACCGACGACUGCAGAACCAAUCAACCCCGUCACCACCAGCGCGCAAUCUGAGCCUACCCUCAACUCCAAGAAACGCAAAGCCGACGACAACGGCGACGAUGACGACGUUGAACCACAACCCACAGCCGAGCCCGCCGCAAAGCGCAUCAAGGACGAUGAGACGUCCGAAUCCACCGGCACCAAUACCGACACCGCCACAGCACCAACCACCACCAACACCGCUUCACCAUCUUCCUCUUCCCAACCCCAACCCGACCAACCUAACGCCCCCAAACACACCACCCUCCCCACCACCCCGCCCCCCCAGACCUUCUCCCUCUUCCUCACCGAGACCUUCCGCGACCAUUUCUGCCGCUGCCCAGACUGCUACCCGCACACCCUCGCCGCGCACCCGCAACUCCGCGAGGAGGAGGAGGCCUACGAGCCGCCCGUGUCGGAGGACGGGGACCACCACCACGGCGACGGCGCCCGCAGCACGGGCACGGGCAGCCUGCUCGACCGCGGCGAGGCGGCGCUCAGCAACAUCGACCGCGUGCGCGCCAUCGAGGGCGCCAUGGUCUACAACCACCUCCGCGACCGGGUCAAGGAGUUCCUGAAGCCCUUCGCCGAGAGCGGCACCGCCGUCUCCGCCGAGGACAUCAAGGCCUACUUCGAGAAGCUGCGCGGCGAUGACCAGCAUAUCCGGGAGGCCGCCGCCGCGGGCCAGGCUUCUUCCGGUGGUGGUAGUGGUGAUGGUGGCGGUGCCGGGCAGGAUGGGGAUAGUCGGAGGGAGCAGAAUGGUAUGUUUUCCUCUUCUCCUCGACAUUUUCUCCAACUUUCAGUUGAUCAUUGUUGUGGUUGCUAAUUCUGCGGGGUUAUAGGUUACUGAGUUUACUCUUGGUAUCUACUUGAUCUAACCGCUUAGUCUGGGGAUUUAUGGGGUCUAAUAGUUGCAGAAUGGUUUGGGAUACUCAUUCAGGACAACAUAACAAGGGAAAUGGCACGAUUGAAUGGGAACGGCGUGGUUGGGUUUCAAAUAGGAGCAGAUUCAUUUAUCUUUGACUAUCUAUCUAUCUAUCUCACAAGAAGAAUUCGUGUAAUGGUGUUUGUAAUGU